AUUCUGAAGUGCCUGUUGAAUUACGGCAGCCAUGGCGUUCCGAGUACUAACGACCAUGCUGCUUGCACAUAUCUGGUGUUCCCAUGCAGAUAUGUAUCUGAACAGUCCGCGAGGAUCGAAUAACAAGCUUCGCAAGCAGAGCAACAAUGUGCAGAAUGCAAACAGAUUGUUUGACUCCCAGAACAACGCUGCCUCAGGCUACCAGAUUGGAGAUGACUGCAAGCCAGCCUGCAAGGAUGGAAACAACAACUACGAUGUUACGGUGGAAGGUGCAACUAAAGGCACUAUGAAGUUCUACCAGGGGUCGGAGCUCUAUUUGGAGUGGCAUAUGCAGCAUGGCUGUGGCGUGGGGCAUCCAAACUUGCGGUGCCAGAUCGUGCUCCAGUACAUGACGGAUGGAGACAAUCCCAACAUGCGCGAUGGCACUGACCAAGACAGCGCUGGGGGCGAUGGCAAUGAUCCCACUGAAGAGGAAACAGCUGAACCGGCCCGGGGCUAUCAUGAGCCGUACGACUUCUACCAGGCCUGCAUUCAGCGCGAGCGCAACAAGGGGCUUUUUACGGCGGAUCAGCAAAUCGAGGAGAAUGGUGGCGCUACAUCCACUCGGCAAAACCCCAAUGGCAAUGGUCGGCGCCGGGGCAAUCAGCGUCAUGGUCUGGAAUGCCCCGAGGAAAGAGACUAUUUUCCCUACUGGCAUCCAACCCCUUGGCACGACAUUGCCGUCUUGACGGAGGAGCCACAAGAGCGUUGUGAAUACUACAGAACAGAGUCUCAGAAUGUGCAAGACAAAGGCUACUGCACUCUGCCGCAAUACAACAACCCGACUGCUUGCGUUGCCAACGCUGGCGAGUGGAAGGUGCAAGCGGCGUUUAACGAGCCCCCUCCGGACUGCACCGGAGGAAUCUCCAGCCGGGACAACCACAAUGGCAACGUCAGGAAUGGUCAACCGCAUUACUAUAUGUGGAAGAUCCCGGACUUUCUGAAGGGUCGAGUGGUGCUGCGGAUUCGUUAUAACAUCACCACCAAAGACUUCGACUACGGCUCCCUGGCAAAUCCUGUCGAGGAAGGGGCUCAGCUCUCAGGCGUCAAAGCCGAUCCCUUCUUCAUGGACUCCAAGUUCAAUGACCCGAAUCCUGGCAAUCGUCGCCGCAGGACGUUCAGUGGGCGCCCAGGCGUGCCGCUUCCACUGGCUCAGGACCCAGUGGCAGAUUGGUUGAAGUUGGGAGAAAACGCCCUGGACACCAGUCGUCUUCUGCAGUUGCAGGUGAACACCAACCAGUUUGGCCGCACGUUUGAGGAUCGGACGCAUACCUUCAUUGUGAUGGAGAGGCCCGCAGAUGUUGCUAUGGAAAGACGAAUCGUCAACGUGAACGUUCGCGGCCGACGUGGGAACAUUGUGCAAGUGUACCCUUCAGUGGAAUAUGAUUUCAUCCCAUCAGAUCUGUCCGUUGAGGUUGGCACGCUCUUGCACUUCCAGUGGACCGGCUCUGACGCCAACAAUAACAACAAUGCAGGUAAUGGUCGUGCAGGAACCGACCGAUCCAAUCUGGUCCAGAUCCAAUCACGGGCAGAGACCAUUCCAUUGCCCUUGGAGAAGCACACACUCCUCUUCGAUGCCAGGGCCAAUCCCAAUGACCCGGCUGGGAAGGCUUUGGUGGACAAAUUCGCAUAUUUGGACCAGGACCAGAUUGUCACAUGCGAUCCAGACACCAACGACCAAAAUUCUGAGACCAACUGCAAGCAGCUGAAUGGCGCUUCAGCCUAUUUUGAUGGUGGACUGGUAGAAAUGAAGGUGGUGGGCGAACACCAUUUUGCGAGCACCCGAAACAAUGAUUUCACAAACAGAUCUCACAAGUCCUCCAUCAAAGUCACAGGCUUCGCCUUCGAAGGCUACGAGAACAUUGCCCUUGGCGUAGGUUGUUUUUUGGGUUUGGUUUUGAUCAUCUACAUCGCCGCAGCAAUCCAUGCCUUUAGGAGACCAGGUAGCUGGCUGUUCUCCCGGCGCUAUCGACCUCGAAUCUUAGGAUGGGUUCUACGCAAGGCGACUAUGGAUCGGUUGGUCGAGGAACGAAGAGUUCUGGUCGCGCAACGAAGGAGGGAAUGGGCCAAGAAGGCCAACGCUCAUUGUGGAGAUGAGGAGGGUGGUACUGAGAAGGCGGCCGAAGUGGCUCUCCCUGAGGAGACGCUGUCCUGGUUUCAGAGCAUCACGCGAUGCUUCCGCAAAUGUGGACUGGGAGAACAGCAGCUCACCACCCUCAUGUUCACUAUCCUCAACGUGAUAGUUUUCGCCAUCGGUUUCAUCUCAAACCUGGAGGGCGGCUUCCAGAAAUCCUUGGCUUUCCCCUGCGCGAAGGGUGGUGGCUAUGCGAUGGAUCUCAACUUUGCUUUGUUGGUGCUCCCUACCUUGAAGAGCCUCCAAACCACCAUGAGGAGGGUCAGCUCUUCUAGGGAGUGGGUGCCCAUCGAUGAUCCCAUCAACUUUCACAUCGUGAUUGCAAGCUUCACCAUGAUUGCCUCAGCCAUUCAUAUCGCUGGACAUUGUGUGCAUGCCUAUAUCAUUCGCACCUCCCCAACGAUCCAGUCGGAUCCAUUCGACCUAUGGAAGUUGACAUCCGAAGAGAAAGCCAGUGGCAUGACCCUCUUCCAUCAGGUCUUCAAUAUCCAAUUGCGCUGUGCUGGAUUCACCGGCAUUGUGUUGACCGUCAUGAUGCUUGCCAUCCUGCUCACCGCCUUGAACUGUUCCCGAAGACGAACCAACUGCAUCAGCCGCAGGAUCGGCGGCUUCAACCUGUUUUGGAGGAUUCACAUGUCCUGGAAAUGGCUCUAUGUGCUGUUGCUGCUCCAUGCGCCGGCGCGGCUUUGGAUUUGGUUCUUCUUCCCUGCCAUCUUUGUGGUGGUUGACCGACUGCUGUUGGCAAACCACCAAGCCCUGUAUCUCCAUUUGCGAUCUGUGAAGCUUCUGCCCAGAGAUGUCAUCGGACUCACUUUCGAGCUACCUCAAGGAUUCGCAUAUCAGGCUGGUCAGUAUAUCCUGCUGGGUUGGAAGGGCGAGUGGCAUCCUUUUACCCUGACCUCUGCGCCAGAGGAAAAUUGCAUUAGCGUCCACAUCCGUUCGCCCAACAGCUUGGACUGGUGCUCAUCCUUGCGCAAGCGGCUUACACAGGAUGCGCCCGCAGAAGCUGCUGGCAUUGACCCUGCAGACAGCAAACCGCCCAAGGCUCCUCUGCUGAUUGAGUACAGCAAGUGCGUGCUCUCAAACAGUCCCGUUGUCUACAACACUCCCAGGGUUGCACAAAAAACCAGUGAUGAGGGCAACAUGGAGAACGAGGGCCCGCGACUAUUGGGCCGAAGCACUUCAGGCAAGCAAGUGGAACCUGUGCAGUCUGGAGAGACCAUGGUCAGUCGAGUUCAGCCGGGCAUGCUCCCACGUGAGGCCGUGGUCCUGCAAGUGACGGGUCCCUUUGGUGCUCCGGCGCAGAAGGUUUGGGGCUUCGAAACGUUGAUGGUGGUCGGAGCUGGCAUUGGUGUCACCCCAUUCGCCUCCAUUUUGCGAUCCGUGCAGCUGCGAGCCAAGCAACGAGAAACCAUCAUGAGUACCGCUUCCAGGCCUUCAGCCUGGAAGAGUGCCAUGGGACAAGGAAGUGACGAUGCGCGGGCUGGACUGCAACGGUUGGUUGAGGAUCUGGUGGUGGUUCCGAAGAAGAUCUACUUCUACUGGAUUUGCCGUGGUCAGGAAGAGUUUGACUGGUUCUGCGAUCUUCUUUCUGACGCAGCAGAGGGUCCAGCGGCAGGAAUCGUUGACAUCACUCUCUUCUUGACAGGUGAAAUCGAGCUGUCUCAGGUGAAGAAACUUCCCUGUGCCAGUGGCCAGUUCUUUGGGCGACCCAACUGGGGUCGUAUCUUCAAGCAGAACCGUGAGAAGCACAAGGGUGAGCACAUUGGCGUCUUUUUGUGUGGCUCGCCCAUCAUUGGAGAGGCUCUGUCGCGAGAGAGCAUCAAGAACUCAGAUUUGGUGGGAACUCCUGGUGGCACGCGCUUCUCCUUCUUUAAGGAGUUCUUGGCACAGGGGAGCCAAGAGAGCCUGAGAAAUCCGCGAGGUCAUUGGAUGGUUUUACAGGAUUCCAAUGUCUUGGUCAGUUGCCACUCAAUUGCCAGGAGCAUUUCUGAUUUUGCUCCUAAGAGCUGGGGUGACCUGAGCUUGACCAGGCAAAAUUGCAUUGCAAUGAAUUGCAUUUUAGGGCUUUCAGCUGGGCAUCAGCGAUUUGUCCCAUAUCUGUAUGGUGAAGCGGUUUGA